AUGGCUGUAGACAAAAGCUCUGGGCCCUCCUUAGGGGGUGUUAUGGCUGUUUUGCCAAACCCGACUACACCCUGGUACAAGCAGAGCCAUCUGGCGAAACUCAAUGGGUUAAUCCUUGGCCUCGUCUGUUUUCAGUCUGCCAUCGGAUAUGACGGUAGUCUGCUCAACUCGCUUCAGUCUUUCCCCCAAUGGAAUACUUUCAUGGGCAACCCUACUGGCGAAUGGUCAGGCUUCAUCAACUGUACUUACUUCAUAGGCUUCAUCGUUGCUUGUCCACCUAGCUCAUGGCUUGCCAACAAGUAUGGUCGUCGUAUGCCAAUCUUCCUUUCCUUCAUCCCACUUGCACUUGGCGUUGGUCUCCAAACGAGUGCUCAGUCAAGAGCUCAAUGGAUCGCAGGUCGUUUCAUCCUCGGCCUACCGACCGGAAUGUUCGCGACCGCAGUGCCCCUGCUCAUUACUGAGAUUGCCUAUCCUAGCCAGCGAAGUGUUGUCUCCGCUUUGAUGAACUGCAAUUACUUCGUUGGCGGCAUCAUCGCUUCUUGGGCUUCUUACGGCACAAGAAACUACGAUGACUGGGCAUGGAGGAUCCCUACUCUUCUCCAGAUUGCGUUGCCCCUUGUCGGACUUCCGGCCCUGAUCAUGGUUGAGGAAAGCCCUAGAUGGCUUGUGUCUGUUGGACGGGAAGAGGAAGCUCGUCGAAUCUUGGCCAAGUUACAUGCUGGCGGCGAUGUAGACCAGCCUCUUGUCAACUUUGAACUUCACGAAAUAACGACCGCUAUCGAGUCUGAGAAGCAAGCCACGAAAUCCACCUCUUACAUGACCCUCGUGUCUACAAAGGCUCACCGUCGAAGAUUUUUCAUCACUCUUACCCUCGCCAUCUACUGCCAAUGGGUUGGCAACGGAGUUGUCAGCUACUAUCUCUCUACCGUCCUCAGCACAGUUGGUAUCACCAGUGUCACUGACCAAACUCUGAUCAAUGGAUGUCUUCAGAUCUGGAGUUUGAUCGCCGCAUGCACUGGUGCUAUGUGUGUUGAACGCUUGGGAAGACGUCCUCUUCUCUUGCUGUCCUGUGCAAUUAUGUUGGUCAGCUUCAUCUUGAUCACUGCUUUGUCAGGAAGCUUUGCGAACACUGGAUCCAAGCCUGUUGGAAUUACCAUGAUUCCAUUCAUCUUCCUUUUCAAUGCCGGUUACGGUGUUGCGAUUACUCCGCUCCAAGUGGCAUACCCUCUCGAGCUGUGGCCCUUCCAGCUGCGUAGUCGCGGUAUGUCUGCGCUCUGGAUGAUCAUGAUUUCCGCCCUUAUCUUUAACGUGUUUGUCAAUCCGAUUGCACUGGCGGCAAUUGGCUGGAAAUACUACAUUGUAUAUGUGGUUCUUCUCGUUUCAUAUGGUCUCGUCAUCUUUUUCUUCUACCCAGAAACUAAGGGACGCACACUCGAGGAGAUCUCUGUUGUGUUUGGUGACGCCCCCGAAGGCUUGUACGAGUCCGAGGACUCGACUAAAGUAACGGAGAAGGCGGAUGUCAAGCACUUGGAUUAA